AUGGAGGAGGUGCCUGCUAGAAUAGCCUCACGCAUAAUACCAACCAGCAAAAAAAAUCUGCUAGCACAGACACUGCUGCAAUGGAGUAAGGCAGGAGAAGUACCACAUGGAGCUAUUCAAAAGGCAGCAACACAGUUUGGUGUUAGCAGGAAGACAACCCAGAGAAUUUGGGCAGAAGCAAAACUCCAAAUUCAGUGUGGAGCACCUGUCAACAUAAGAGGCAGAAUUAAGGGAUAUGAGCACAAAGACAAAUUCCAGCUUGAUGUUGCAAAGGUAAGAGAACUGUCAGUACUUGAGAGAUCUAAUAUCCGUAAGAUUGCUUAUAAACUUGAAGUAAGCAAGAGCACAGUUGCUAGGUUUGUGAAAGAACACCAACUAAGGCCUCACACAAAUGCCAUAAAGCCUAUACUUACUGCUUCAAACAAAGUUGCCAGAAUGAGAUGGAGUCUAAGCCAUAUUCAACCACUCAUAGCCAAUGGAAUGCUAAAAUAUCACCCAAUGCACAAUGUGGUGCACAUAGAUGAAAAAUGGUUUUACAUGACUAAGACUUCAGAAAGGUACUACCUGCUGCCAGGUGAAACAGAGCCAUACAGAGCAUGUAAGUCAAAGAGGUUCAUCACAAAGGUUAUGUUCAUGUGUGCUGUGUGUAGGCCACAGUUUGCAGAAAAUGGAGAAGUUAUUUUUGAUGGAAAAAUAGGAAUAUUUCCAUUCACAACUAUGGAGCCAGCAAAGAGGAAGUCCAAGAACAGACCACCAGGCACUAUGGAGACAAAACCAAUUCACUCAGUUAACAAGGAAGUGAUGAGAGCAUGCCUACUUCAUAAGAUCAUACCAGCAAUCAAGGCAAAAUGGCCAGACAAUAUGAGCAAGGAGAUUUUCAUUCAACAAGACAAUGCCAAGCCUCAUAUAAACCACAAUGAUGCUGAGUUUCAGGCUGUUGCCUCCACAGAUGGGUUCAACUUUCACAUCAGGUGCCAACCACCACAAUCCCCAGAUUGCAAUGUGUUGGAUUUGGGAUAUUUUAGAGCAAUCCAGUCUCUACAGGAUGAUAAGGUGGCUAAGGGAGUUGAUGAGUUGUUGAGGAAUGUGCAUAGUUCCUUUGAUGAACUUAGCCCAUACACACUCAAUAAUGUUUUCCUCACUCUUCAAGCAUGUCUAACUGAGAUUCUUAAGGUGCAAGGAUGCAAUGGAUACAAGACUCCACACAUGAAUAAAGAGAGGUUAACAAGGAUGGGGUCACUGCCACAAGCAUUAGAAGUUGAAGAAGGAGUUGUUAAGGCUGCUUUGGCAUAUCUACAACAGCCGGAGCAUGAUGUGAGUACAAAUUAUGACAUCUCAGGUGUGACAGAAGUUGUGGGCUUCUAG